CUCUCUGUACCUGGCGGUGUGUUGAUGUAUGUUUAGCCUCUCUCUCCUGAGUCAGGCACUGAGGGCCGUUCAUCUGGGGAACAUGUUCAGCCUUAUCAAACUUCAGCGUGUCUUCACUGUGCACCAAGUGCCCAAAGCAUUUCACGAGGACAGUAUCAUCUCUGGAUAUCGACACCCUCGUAGUUCGGCCACAGACUGUGUGUUGAGUCUCUUUCAGCUCACCAAUGAGACGCUCAAUGUCUGGACUCACUUUCUACCAACCUGGUAUUUUCUCUGGAAGUUGAUGACAGUGUUGUUGAUGGAGGAUGCGUGGUGUGAUGCGUACACAUGGCCUCUGCUGGUCUUCUUGUUCUCCUGCUGUGUAUAUCCAUUGGCCUCCAGCUGCGCCCACACCUUCAGCACCAUGUCUACCCGCGCUCGCCAUAUCUGCUACUUCUUUGACUAUGGGGCACUCAGCCUGUACAGCCUCGGUUCAGCGAUCAGCUACUCUGCGUAUGUUUUUCCUGACGCAUGGCUGAACAGCACAUUUCAUGCAUACUACAUCCCUGCAGCUGUACUAAACACCAUCCUCUCAACCUGCAUGGCCUGCUACUCCAGGCUUGGCAUACCAUUCCUUCACUAUAACCAUGGCAUCGAUGAAAGAUUCUUGGAGAGACAGAGCCCACGGCUGAGUAAGGUGUUGCGAAUUCUUGCCUUUGCCUACCCUUACCUGUUUGACAACAUUCCUCUCUUCUACAGGUUGUUUCUGUGUGUAGGUGAGGGUUGCACUGAUAAUGAAGCAAACUCCAUUCAUGUUCAUCAUACAUUGCUUGCUUUUCUCACCGGCUUCCUGUUUGCAACACACUUGCCUGAGAGACUGGCACCUGGACGCUUUGAUUACAUAGGCCACAGCCAUCAACUGUUUCACGUGUGUGGAAUAAUUGGGACACACUUCCAGAUGAAGGCCAUCGAAGCUGACAUGGUGCUGAGACAGUCACAGCUGCUGGUCACUGUUCCUCCUUUCACAUUUAAUAACACAGUUGGAUCAGCUCUGGUCUGUGUCUGCAUCAGUCUGGGGAUCAUAUGUCUUUAUAGUCUACCUCUGCUGUGUGGCUCCUCAGAAACACACACAACGGGGACUGAAGGAAAGAAAUGCGAGCACUAAAAGCUACUUGAGACAGGGGGUCUCUGAAAGAUUAAUUGCAGUCUUGCACAAGUUACCAGAGUUAUUAUGAAAAUAUAACUAGGACGUUCUUACCGGAUAUUACGUUAUAAAAAAUCCCCACGAGGGGUUGUACGUUUACUGAAGCUAUGCAACCUGAAAUAGCAAAGAGUAAUGAAUGUGUUACUGCAUGAAUUCUGCUUCUCAGGGAAGAAAAAAAAAAAAAAAAAAAAGGGCACGGAAGCUCAGGACAAUGUAAGUCAGUGGGAGGGUGCGUGCGUCAAAGUGGUCUUUUUGUAUGGUGUAUAGAAACCCAUUUAUUAAAUUAUUAUUAAAUUUACAUAAUUUACAUAACAAUCACACUUUAUUACAUAGACUCAAAUUGGUGAUUAUUUCGUCAGUCCAACAUGAUCCAUCCAAUUUUUCUACUCUAUAUAUUAGAGCAUGCAUUUGGAAUUAACUAAUUAAUUUGAAUGAAUCAGACAUUUCUAUGCUACAAAUGAGAGCGGAGACCGUUUGGGACGAACCGAUUCUCUUGGAAUAAACUGAUUCACUAGAAUGAAGCACACUUUCCUACACUACAUACUGUGUGAGAGGACCAUUUAGGAUAAACCAAUUCACUAGAAUGAAUCUGACUUUCCUACAAUAGCAAUUUCAAUUUUAAGACAUUUGGUCAUAAUCUCAGGACAUAAUACUCAAAAAUGAUACUUAACUCAAAAAUGAAAAUUGGCAAGUAAAUGGCUACCAUGACUUGAGCGAGAGAGAGAGAGAAAUAUAAGGCAUAUGCAACACAAAAUUAAUACCGUAAACAAACUGGUGAAUCGGUUAUUUGAAACACAUAGAAACAAACCCUUUCUGCCUAAGGGCAUUCUUGCACAAGCCGACAUUGUUUUGCUUUAUAAGAUCUCAAUAUAUCAGUAGGAGUGACGUAUUAAUUUUGUGAUGCCUGUAUUUUAUUAUUAUUUUUUUGGCUCUCAAGUGAUGGUAGGUGUUGCAUUUUAUGAAUCACCAAGAACCAUGGUUUCAGCUAAAAACCUUCUUUACUGUUCUACUGAAGAAGAAAAAAGGUUGAAUAAAUGAACAGCUAAUUUUUGGGGGUUUAUCUCUUUAAUAUAUGUCCCUAGAUUGAGAUCAAAUGUCUUAAAAUUAAAUGAAAACGCGCUCCACUAUUUUAUUCAUACAUGGUCAUAUUUCUUUUAUGUACAGACAAACACCUCAACAAAUGAACUAGCACUGUUAGAUAAAUAUAUGCACAAUUACCUGUGUGCACAGUCUGCCAAAGUCCACAGUGACAGCUGUUGUAUAUUCUACUUAUUUCUUUUCUGUAAAACUGCACCACUUUUUUCCUGUGGUGUCAACAGAGUGUGGGAGGUAUUACAUAUUUUCAUAACAGCAGGUCACACCUUGUUCAUGUAACCAAAAAUGAAACUAUUUAUGU